AUGGAACGAUGGGAAUAUUAUCGAGAAAAAUGGCAUUGCCUGUAGCUCCGCCCUCAAAUCCCUAACAUUAUAAAGAGACUGUAACCAAGGACUGAUUUCUGUGCUCCUGUUUUAGGAAAAAAAAGUUACACUGCUAAAUAUGCAAAGGCUUUUCAAGAUUCUGUUACAGAUUAAAAUGGAUAGAACCAUGCGAUAGUCUAUUCUAAGAAAAACUCAUAAAUGGUAAAUUAGCCUGGUUAAGAUCACAAUGAAAGCAGUUAGAUUUUAAUGGCUUAAAGUUAUCAUCAGAAUAUGCAGCAUAAUCAAUAUCAAAUAGGUUCCUAAGGAGUCGAAGUUGUUAAUGUCAAAUUGAAGGAUUAGACCUAUCAAGAAUUUGCAAAUACAGGAGGAAAUUCAUAGAAUGGAGGUCAAACUUUUAGUAAUUAAAACCCCCCUACUGUACUCUAAGAUCACCACUUAAUGGAUGAUAGGAGGAGUGUUGAUAAAACUUCUACUGAUUCUCCUUCUAGAUUAUAUAUGAGAAGUUUGAUGGAUCAUUCAAAUAAGGAUACUACAAUUAAAGCAGAUAAUAAGUAAAAAAAGCCUGAAAAAAAGAACAGUAAAAUGAAGGCAAAUUUAAAACUCACAGGGAAGAGCAUAAUAGAAAGCUCAUAGACUAUCUAAAAUUAAAUGCCAACACUAUCAUUAAAAUCAGGAAGCAAAGAUCUUUAAUAAAAGCAAUAAUCAUCAAUGUAAUAGCACAAUAUGAUGGUAUAAUAACAAUUCUAAGCGGAUCACUUGAAAAAGCCUUUUUCUCACCCAAAUCCCCCAAUACAAGUCAUGAUUGGCUCAAGCAAUCCCACUAGUUAUAACUAGGCAGAUUCAAAGCUUUAAUAACAUUAAAACUAGUCUCACUUAUAAAAUUCUCACUAAGAUGACUAGCAGAUCAUUGAGCAAUAUAUGUCUGCAGUUUAAUAAUCUAAUUAAAAUGAGCGUAUAAGUGGGUAUCCCAAGCCUGAUCUAUAUAAUUAGCAUUACAUCAAUAAGUAUUCCUUCCCGAAAGGUCUAUAAGCAGUGCGUAAGCCUGAAUCAAUGAAAAAAUAGCAUUAGAAAUUAUCCUUGUAUGACAUGGAGACUCCUAACAUACGUAAAGGAAUUGCUGGCUGGAAAUUAACUAAGAGACCAAUGGGAAUAGCUCUAGAAUCAGGCCAGAUGUCAUCUGAUUUAUUUUUAGACACUCAGAUUGCUGUUGAAUAACCUACUAAAAGAAAAGGAAGAAGAGGUGAUGGUUCUGUUGAAAGUAAAAAUUAGCACUAAUUGAUGAACAGAUCUCAUAUUGUCGAAACUGUGCAGGAAAAUAUUAUUGAUAGUGAUGAGGAUAAUAGACAAAAUUUGAGUGCUUAUGAUGGAAAUAAUAGUUAAAAUAUAAGUGCUAAUAAUGCUAGAAGAUCUGUAGUACAUCACUAAUAGGUGGAAAAUGAAAGACUUACUAAUAUAAAAAUCAACUAUGCCAAUAGACAGAACAUCAAACUUGAAAAUGAGUAGCAAUAAAAUUUUUCUGGGGAAGGGCAGCUUGAUGAUGCUUAUGGCGUUGCAACCCCUAAUACUUAAGAGAAAAACAGAAAUCAAUUUUUAAAUGUCCUCAAGACUACUGAUGCAGGAGCAAGUAGUAUUGGAGAUCCUAAUGACUAAGAGGUAACAAACUCUUUCACAAAUAGAAAUCUUCAAAAGUAAUAUGAUGAUGAUAAAUAAAUAGUAUCACCCAAAACCUACGAGUGA